GCCCACUUUUCCAGAAAACAAAUGGAGGAUUACUACAUACUUACUACAUGCAUCUAAAUUUCUGACAAAACUGUACCAUCCGCCUGAUGAAUGAGAGGCAUUCAGAGAAGCAGGCAUGGCCUUUGCAGAGCAGUGGGAGAAAAACACAGGCAUGAGAAGUGCUGCACCCAGCUUUGGACUGGGAAGUUUUCCAAAGGAGUACUCUGUGGCGUUAGGCAAUGACUCGGAGAAGAAAAACAAAGUCCAGAUACGGCCCCUGAGCCCAAGGCCCUCGCGAGCAUCCCCAGGCACUCGCAGGAGCUCUUCCUGUGAGUCAGUACCCAAACCGAUCAUUCGCAGACGGCAACACUCCCUGCCCUCACCCCCUGAGAGAAAAAGGCUGAUUCAGAAAUCAGGUGUUCGCUUUGUCGACUCAAGGGGUAAGAAAUUAGAGAAUGUAAAGGAGUUUGAAGCUGGCGAGGGGCCCCUCGUCCCCGAGCAUGUCUUGUUCAGGAUCCUGAUGAAUGCUGAGUUCGCAAGGGGCAGUAACAUGGAAAUUUCCUUGCCCCUGAUGAAGCCAGUGUUUCCUGAGCAGCCAGGGGACAAGCCUGGCUUUGUGGAUCGUGUUCGUGGCCAGAGGGUGUGCUUGGAGAGGGUCUUGUGCUUCGAGUUUGGCAUCGUGGGCAUCGUACAAGUCCUGAAUCUAGCCUUUGAGAAGGAAGUCAGUGUGCGCUUCUCUUUCACGGCCUGGAAAAGCAGCUCUGAGACCAGAGGCUUCUGGGUAUCUGAAAGGCCCCCAGGUGACAGGGCACCCACCCCACCUGAUUUGGACACUUUUCGCUUCCACCUCCCUGUCCCACCUUUCCUGCUGCAGCCAGGGGCCCUGCUUGAGUUUGCUGUGUGUUACAAAGUGCUGGGUAGAGAGUUCUGGGACAACAAUGAGGGACAGAACUACAAGCUGGCCUGCCACAACUAUACACUGACUGUGCCAAAAGAGUGCGAAGACAGUAUGAUCCAUUUUCUCUAAAUGUGAAAGAAAAUAUGUCAGACAUCCACACACUUAUUAGAAAUAGGGUUGCCACCUCCAUCUGACAAAACCUGGGCAUUUCAAUCUCUCACUAUUGAGCGUUUUGCUUGUAGCCUAUGCAAUGGCAUCCUCCAUUCAGUGUCCAGGGAAGUAUUUUUUUAAUUAAUUAAAAACAUAAAAACUAGGACAAUCAGGAAAAACUGGGACAAGUGGCAACACCACUAAUGAAUGCCACAGGCAAAAGGGUAGCCUAUAGAAAAGCACAGCCUUUUUUAUUUUAAUUAUUAUUUUAAAACACUGUUUUUACAUCUGCUGUACUGAUGCUUUUUUAUUUAGUUUUUAACAUUAAAUAUUUUGUAGCAUUGUUCUUUUAAAAAGAUACUAGUGUACUAACAUAAUGUGCCACAUUUUUAUUACUAAUAAAAAGUUAUUAGAAUUUUAUUGAAAUCUGGUUGUAAACCAAGGCUAUGCAUCAAUUUAAACAGACCUGUUUAUUUGUUAUAAAAGAACCAAAUAAAAUAUGGGACUGUGUGCCUAAAUGGA